AAAUUUGAAAUAUAUCUCUCUAUAAAUAUUGUUGAAAAUAUUUUAUAUUUUUUGUAUUUUCUCCGCCUAGUGAAGAAUAUUUAUUCGUAACGUUAGUUGCGUGAGUUACGUGACAGAUGACAGUAACACACACACACACACACAAGUACAAUGACGACAAAUUUUACAUCGUCACAAAGUUUAUAUAUAUGUGUAUGUCUGUCAUAUGUUCACUAACAUAUUCUUAUAUUAAUCACUGGAAUUGAGAGGUUUCACCUGAUGGUUGUUGCGUUCGAACUUUAAACGUAUAUAAAUAUAUGGGAAGAAUUCACAAUAGAAACUGGAGCAAAUAUAAUUAAAUUAUUGUGCUUAAAUAAUAGUGUAUUUUUGAAAGUUAAUAAAAUGGGAACUGUUAAACAUUCAGAACAAUUUGAAGAAUGGAAGAAAAAGGCAUUUAUUGGUCCUUUACCAUCUGGAUUUUUGAGAUUGGAUGAUGUUAAUACCCUUGCCCAACAAGAAGCUGCAGAUCGACAAGCGGCUUUGGCCUUACAUCAAGCCCAAAUGAGAAAUAUGCCAAUGCAAGCUAACGAUCCGCGUGUAGGCAGAUUAAGCAUAACAAUAACACAGGCGAAAUUAGUGAAGAACUAUGGAAUGACUAGAAUGGAUCCUUAUGUGAGGUUACGUGUGGGACAUGCAGUUUAUGAAACACAUACUGCAAUAAAUGGAGGCAAAAAUCCACAUUGGAAUAAAGUCAUACAAUGUUUAUUGCCACCAGGUAUUACACAAAUUUAUGUAGAAAUAUAUGAUGAAUGUUCGUUUACAAUGGAUGAAUUGAUUGCCUGGGGACACAUUGAUAUUCCCUCGCAAGUAAUUCAAAGAGGAGAGACCUAUGAGGAUUGGUACUUGCUGAGUGGUAAACAAGGAGAUCAUCAAGAAGGUUCGAUAAAUUUGGUCCUAAGUUAUACUAAUAAAUAUGUGCCUCAUCCUCAAAUGAUGGCACCUCCUUUCAUGGUAGUUCCUUCUCCAACGGUGUUUGGAAGAGGAGUUCCAUAUGCACCAGUUAAUGUUUAUACUGCACCUCCGACAGCCGGAACGCAACCUGUUCCCGCAAGUACUUUACCACAAGCCGAAGAGGAAUUAAAGCAGAUUGCUGAAAUGUUUCCAAACAUCGACAAGGAUGUGAUAAAAUCGGUCUACGAUACCAAAGGUGGUCAAAGAGCAACGACUAUAAAUACCCUAUUACAAAUGAACGAAUAAUAAUAAUUCACGCCUUCCUCCCUCUCGUCGUACAUUUUUAUUUUUAUUUAUUUUUUUUUUUUGAAAUGCCAUAUUUGUACGUUAUCUGCUUAAGUGUCAUUCAGUCAAGAUGUAAUAUAUUUGUAAAUUAUUACCAUUUA